AUGUUAAAUAGGUUUACAAUAUUUAUUAGGGAUUUGCAUUCUUUAGUUAAACUAUCAACAACAAGUAGAAUGAAUAUAGAUAAAUGUUACUUCAGGCAUAUACCCAGUGAAGAUAAAAUAGAUAUAACUUUUUUGCUAAAAGUUAAAGAAACGAUACGGCAGUUUAAUUUAAAUCGGAAAACUUCAGAAGUAGUACAAAACUUAUGCACUCGUAUAGGGGUCAAUGUUCAAAAAGCAGUAAAUAAAAAAAUAAAGAAGAAAGAUUCUAAAGAAGACACCAGUAUUGAAGUCCAAAUUUUUUAUAAUAAUGGUGAUGUGGUCUCUGACACUUAUACAUGUAUAGAACUGUUUCAAUUACAAGGUCCUAUAAAGAUAAAAAUCUAUGAUCAUCUUUAUGAUGUAGUAUUUAAUUCACCAUGGGUCCUGAAUUUUAAUUUACCAAAAAGCAUUUUAGUAGGCUUUCCUGUCUACCCUGAGCAUUUAGAAUCAAACUAUAUGGAAAAGGAAUUAAGUGAUUUCAAUUGGUAUAGAGGAAAAAUGGUAAAUGAAAAAGGGAAUUCCAUAAUUGACAGCCAUGUUAAAUGGGAUUUUAUAAAAAAUUCUUUUAAUUACACUCCAGUUUCUAAGGAUAUUGGAAUGAAAUUAAAAUUAGAAUGUAUCCCAAAAAACUCUUUAAUGGCUGGGCCAAGUGUUGAAGUAAUUUCAAAACAUAUUGUACAAGCUGGUCCUGGCCCAUGCCCUUUUGAAUUGAGACAUUUCUUUACCAAAGAUAGAUUAGAAGAUAAAAGUUUUCGUUGUGUGACAUAUAACAUAUUAGCUGAUCUAUAUUGUGAUUCUGAUUACACAAGAACAGUGUUACAUCCAUAUUGCCCAUCAUAUGCAUUAGAAAUUGAUUAUCGAAAACAAUUAAUAUUAAAGGAACUAACAGGGUAUAAUGCUGAUAUAAUUUGCCUGCAAGAAGUGGAUAACAAAAUUUUCGACUAUUCUUUAAGUUGUGUAUUACAAAUGGAAGGCCUAAAGGGCUUAUUUUACAAAAAAGGAAAGUCUGUUGCUGAAGGGCUUGCUUGUUUUUAUAGAGAAAAUAGGUUUAGAUGUUUAGGGGAUGAUCAAAUUCUCCUAUCAACUGCUGUACAAACUGAAUCUUAUUUACAGCAUAUUUGGGAUGCAGUUCGAGAUAAUGAUGAAUUAAAGAAACGGCUCUUAGACCGAUCAACGGUAGCAAGUGCUACAUUUUUACAGUCCUGUGAUAAUGAAAAUGAAAUAAUUAUUGUUGGUAAUACACAUUUGUAUUUUCAUCCAGAUGCAGAUCACAUACGACUUAUUCAGGGUGGAAUUAUUAUUUAUUGGUUAAAGAAUAUUCAAUAUAAAUUAAAGACACAGUAUCCUGAUAAGAGGAUAUCAAUGAUAGUGUGUGGUGACUUCAAUAGUGAUCCUCUAUCUGGAAUUUAUAAACUAUACACUACAGGUCAUGCUCCCAGUACUUUACCUGACUGGAAAUCAAACCCUGAACAAGCCGUAACUGGUCUUAGUCUCGAACAACCAAUUCUUCUUGGCAGUGCUUGUGGAACACCUCAAUACACAAAUUUUACUGCAGGAUUUGCAGAAUGUCUUGACUAUAUUUAUUAUGAUAUAAAUAAUCUUGAAGUUGAGCAGGUCGUGCCUUUUCCAAGCGUUGAAGAAUUAAAUGCUCAUAUAGCACUACCAAGUAUAGUAUUUCCGUCAGAUCACAUAGCUGUAGUGUCAGAUUUGAAGUUCAAAUAA